AUGUCUGUCAACAAGGCUAGGAGAGCUUCUGUGAGACAGGAUCAAGACCAUCCAAGGCUUGUUACCUCAAUUUCCAAUCUCCGGAGUCCAUUUUCAACACCAAACAGAAGAUUGCCUUACCGAACAAUACAAACUCAAUCUUCAGUCAAACCUAGCGGUGUGACCAAGAAUUCAAACUAUCACUGCUCCCAGCCAAGAUACUGCCAUCCGGCAAGAAAAUAUUCGUGGGACGAAAUAGUGGAAGAGGCACUCCGUAAUCAGGACACCGAUUCCAGUUAUGAUUCUGAUAGCUCGAGCAGCGGCUCUGACUCACAGUCUGAUACUGAAGACGAAGACACAACCCAUGAAAUUUUGGACCACGACAUACGUUUAAACUAUCAAUGCAUCCGCACUGAUUUGAUACAAGCGGCGUUGCCCCAGAUCAAGGAGCGGAUGGAGCGAACACGAUAUGUGGCGCCUCCAGACGACAGGCUGCCUCCCCAAAGCCGCUACAGCUCAUCAAACGAUCAAUCCAAGCCCCAAAUGUUCUACGAGCAAAUGGAAGAUCCAAAGGAUUCAAAUACUAUUCUGGUUAGGAAAGCAGAUGGAUAUUACCAUCUGGCCUGCCCGUUUUACGUCAAUGAUCCUACAAGACAUAGGAAAUGCCUGGUUGAACAUGAUAUGCAGUCCAUUGAGGAUGUAAUCAGGCAUGUCAACCGGUUCCACGCGGAGCCACCAUAUUGUCCACGCUGCCGCCAGACAUUUGGUCGGGCAAUGGAUCGAGACCGGCAUUUUCUUACCCAAACGUGCGAGAUCCGAAACUGGGUUCAUGUCGAGGGCGUGAACAGCUUUCAGAGAACCAAGCUAUGGAAACGCGAUAAGAUUAUACUUGGUGAGAGAAAGCGCUGGCUUCGUAUCUGGGAAACUGCCUUCCCUGACACUGAAAGCCCUUCCCGCUCUCACUAUCUCAGUGGGGAAGACGAGGUCAAAAUAUCAAUUACAUGGGAUUACUGGGAAUUUAAUGGUAGAGAGAUAGUUUCUAGAUUCUUGAGUCAGAAUGGGUACGACGGACCAUUAUCCGAGCCGGCUCUGAGCGCCAUUUGUAGGUGGGCGUUGGAAGAUAUCUUACUUCAGUUGGCGGGAGACGAACUCACAACAGCGGCGAGUUAG